AUGAGAGCGCGCUGGCUGGGAAGGCGGUGCUGCCGCGGGCCAUGCCCGUCUCCGAACAUUUUCGCUGCUGUUUGUAAAUAAAGACGCUUAAAAAUACGGAAGCAAUCCCUGUGAGGAAUAAGACGGAUGCGAACGGUAGGGAGGGGGAAGAGAGUAGAAAAAACCCCAAAGUGAAGUUUCGUGGUCCGGCGGCUGGAGUUCGGCGUCACACGACGGCCAAGAUGGCGGCCAUGGCGGCGUUGGCCUCCUACGGCAGCGAGAGCGGCAGCGGCAGCGACGGCAGCGACCACUCGCCCAGCCACGAUGACCACUCGCCCAGCCACGAUGACCACUCGCCCAGCCACGAUGACCACUCGCCCAGCCACGAUGACCACUCGCCAAGCCACGAUGACCAUGCAGCCCCCCACGACCCCGACCCCGACCCCAGCCCCGACGCCCUGGCUCACCUGCAGCCCCUCGACGCCGCCAGCUCGCUGGCGCUGGCUCUCAACUCGGCGCCCGACGUCGCCGUGAAGGAAGAUGUGGAGGCAGGAAUUCACCUUGACCCACUUCAGAAGGAAGUCAUGUUCAACCCAUCGUAUGAAACAUUGUUUGCACCAGAGUUUGGUCCAGUGAACCCUUUCAAGACACAGCAGAUGGCUGCCCCCAGAAACAUGCUGUCUGGAUAUGCUGAACCUGCCCAUAUUAAUGACUUCAGGUUUGAGGAGCAAAGGAGAACAUUUCAUACCUAUGGGUACGCUUUGGAUCCAACUUUGGACCACGUUGAUGUUCCGGCAGGCGAGAGCUAUAUUGGUAGUGUUGAAGAUGCUGAGAAGAACCAAGGGCUUACAGUGUUUGAAUCUGGUAAAAAGAAAACAGAAAAGCGAAAGAAGUUAAAAGAAUCCGACCCUGCAAAUAUCGAGGGGUUUCAGGGACCUUGGGCAAAAUACAUUGAUGAAAAGGAUGUGGCCAAGCCUUCAGAGGAAGAACAGAAAGAACUCGAUGAGAUCAUAGCUAAAAGACAGAAGAAAGGCAAACAAGAAGAUGAGAAGCCUGCAGAAGAGAAAACAAUCCUUCACCUCAAAGAUAUGUACGACUAUCAAGGAAGAUCAUACCUGCACGUUCCCCAGGACAUCGGAGUCAAUUUACGGUCUGCUCAACCACCUGAGAAAUGUUAUCUUCCUAAGAAGCAAAUGCACGUUUGGUCUGGGCAUACUAAGGGCGUCAGCGCUAUUCGACUAUUUCCAGCAUCUGGUCACCUACUGUUGUCCUGUUCCAUGGACUGUAAAAUCAAGCUUUGGGAAGUUUACAAUGACCGUAGAUGUAUUCGGACGUUCAUUGGUCACAGUAAAGCUGUACGAGAUGUGUGCUUCAAUAAUGAUGGCAAACAGUUCCUCAGUGCUGCUUAUGACCGCUACCUGAAACUCUGGGAUACCGAGACAGGGAAAUGCUUGGCCAAGUUUUCUAAUCGAAAAGUCCCGUAUUGUGUCAAGUUUAACCCUGAUGAAGAUAAGCAGAAUCUGUUUGUGGCUGGAAUGUCCGAUAAGAAAAUUGUCCAGUGGGACAUUCGAUCUGGAGAGAUUGUGCAGGAGUAUGAUCGGCAUCUGGGAGCCGUCAACACCAUCACAUUUGUGGAUGAAAACAGGCGAUUUGUGAGCACAUCUGAUGACAAGAGCCUCCGAGUGUGGGAAUGGGACAUUCCCGUGGACUUCAAAUACAUCGCAGAGCCAAGUAUGCACUCCAUGCCUGCAGUAACAUUGUCACCCAAUGGAAAGUGGCUGGCAUGUCAAUCAAUGGAUAAUCAAAUUUUAAUCUUUGGAGCUCAAAACAGAUUCCGACUGAACAAGAAGAAGAUCUUUAAGGGCCACAUGGUGGCUGGUUAUGCCUGUCAGGUGGAUUUUUCUCCUGAUAUGAGCUACGUCGCUUCGGGUGACGCCGACGGCAAGCUGAACAUCUGGGACUGGAAGACGACCAAACUGUACAGCAGGAUCAAGGCCCACGACAAGGUGUGCAUCAGCGCCAUCUGGCACCCCCACGAAACCUCCAAAGUCAUCACGUGUGGCUGGGACGGCCAGAUCAAACUGUGGGACUGAAGCCACUUCCUGGAAUCUCCCCCGAUUUCCCUGGCACCAGCGCACCCUCGAGAAGCGGCCUUGAACUCCUGCGAUAAGUGCUUUUGCAGACACCUGCCUCGUGGCUAAAGCCGCUCACUCUCUCAAGAAAAAAACUGGGCUAGAAGCUUCGAGACUAGUGUUUUAUAAUUGAAUAGUCUUCAACAGCCAAAAAAAAACUUCAGUACUGUUUUAAAAUUACCCCGUUAUUUUGAAUUUGUGUUGCUCUGAGGAUGCAGAUUCAAAUUGGAAGGGGCAAGAUAAAGGAUGAUUUUGAACACAUGACUCUUCUAAAGUCGUUUGAUGUAAAGAACACAACUAUCAUGCAGUGUUUCUUUCGGGCCAAGGCAGUCAAAGAUUCCCCGGAGAAUUGCGGUAUCUUCAAAGAAUCUACUGUCCUUUUAAUGUCGAUUUAUUAUUCAACGCAGUUGCUGCUUGCGACUGACUAAAUGAACCUUGGGGGCACCAUUCCCUUGUAUUACAGCGCAGUGUGUUAUUAAAUGGAAAAUAGAUUAUGC